ACAUAAUAAAACAUGAAAACCAUUUGCAAAUCGUCUCAGAAUAUCCCUCUCUUUAUCAUACUAAAAGUUAACUCAAAGAUGAAUCACCCUUAAACGUGUCACAUACCCAGGCUGACACCCAGCAAGCAAAUAUGUGCCCACACUAAAGAGCGACAGAAUCUCACCAUGAAGUCGACAAACGCAGAGAGAACACAGGGUUACACGCACCCCCUCCCCUCCUUUGUCAAACUAGAGCCAGAGAAACUUGGUGACAGGGAAACCAGCUGGUGACAAGAGUCAGACACAGUGACAGCAUCUAUAUCAGAGCGGCCGUGUUCUCUUCCCUCCUGUAACGGCCGGACACCCAGCGAACCCCACUUAUUGUACUGCCCCCCCACCCAGCCAAUGUCUCUCACACGAUGCUCUGAGGAAGGUGAAAUUUUCUUGAAAAUCUUGAAAAAUUCACAAGAGGGACUCACAAACAAUCCGUGUUCUAUGAAAAUACAACAGGAGAAAAAGGAAGCGAUUGGGAUGCUGUGACGCUGGAUUUCUGUAGUCUUCCUGUCCAUGGGAUGUGCUUUCACCGUGUAAAGGAGCUAUGAUUUUAUGUCAGUGGUUUUCUGUUAUGCUGGAUGGCCACCACCAAUAGGUUUGCUUCCUGUAUUGUUUUAUUUGAUCUUUUUAACAACGUUCCUGCAAUGUGUGCUGAUCAGGACGUAGAAUGGAAUACCUUUCAGGAAUCAUAUACAUGGGUGAUGCUGCAACGCCAAACAUGGUUCUGAUGACCAGCUUUUGCACACAUCCUGGAGCUCCGGAUUUUCUCCUGCUGGAAGUUUGAAGCCUCUGCCAUUAGAAAUGGAGUUGCCACCCCCGAGGACUCCUCCAGAUCCAAGAAGGAUGCAGAAUGAUGUCCUAGAGGAGCACACAGAGCUCUGGUGGUCCAAAGAGCCAGUCAAAUCAGUACUGUGCUACACUGUGGCUGUGCUGCUCAUUUUAGCAUGUGGCAUUGGUGGAAUUGUACUCCUAUCCACCACAACUAGUCGCUCUGGAGAAUGGAGAAUGGCUAUAGGGGCCACAUUGUGCAUUCUAGCUCUGUUAGUCUUACUCAAGCAAUUACUGAGCUCUGCUGUGCAAGAUAUGCAUUGUGUUCAAAGACGUGACCACAUUGACAUGCUGAAAAGUGGUGGCUUGUCAGACACUGUGGUUUUUGGAUGCAGCGCAAUUAUUAUCCUUGUAUGUGGUGUAGUUCUGCUUGUAUUGUCUUUCUCAGGAGAAACACCCGGAUCCACUACAGUACUGAUCACCAUGCACACUGUAGGAGUGAUACUCAUAACUGUUGGUGUUGUUAUGCUUUUUGCAAUUUUGAUAUAUGUGAUAGUAAUAAUAUGCAAAUCUUGUGCCUCCAGUCGCUUUCAUCCCAGGAACAUAAGUGUGUUCUUUAUCUCAGGCCAACUGAGUGGAACACAUCUACAGAAUGCAACCUCUAGUAUGGCCAACCUUAUCUAAACAAAAGGUACAGCAAACCAAAACAAUAAACCUAUCUGAGCUUCAUACACUGCGUGAACCAACAAAAGGCACAAGUAUAGAUCAGAGUCUGUGACUCCUUGCGUUAGAUGUGCAGAAAAUGAAAGAUACAAUAUUUCUCUUUAUUUAAAUGAUACAGACUACUAACAAGUAUUGUCAUGGUAAAGAAAGUUGUAAUGCUUAACCUGGGGAAUUUACCCUAAAUUAUUUUCUAUACUAGAAACUGACAUGUCCUCCCUUCAAAUUUUCUAAAUAGGGAAUUUUGUAACCUGUGGUAACAAAAACGCAGCCAGUAAGGUUAAUAUAAGACAGAAUACAAUAAAAAAAAAAGUGGUACUUCAAUCUUCCAGAAAAUGCACAAUCCACCAUUGCUCACCAGAAAUGAAAGAUUAAGGCUAAUGGCUAGUAGCAGUUUCUUUGCUGGCAGAGAAAUCCCCUACCCCUGACAGGUCGAUUACAUUUCUGUCCCUGGACACAUAAAUGUGAAGGUAGGAACAAAAUCUGUAGUUUUUUCAAUGCAGGAAAAAAGUGAUAGAAAAAUUCUACUAGGGUCCAAAUUACCCUAGCAACCAUGCACUGAUCUGAAUAAGAGAUUGAAAUAUGAAUAGGAGAGGCCUGCAUAGAGAUAUAAGUAGUA